AUGCAGAGGAGGGUAGCUGGAGGCUGGGAACAUGGGAGUGGAGUCGCAGGAAGCCUUCCCUUCUGUGGGGUGUCUGUCCUGGACUCAUCCCAUCCCCCUUGUCUCAGUGCCUCCUCCCUUUCUAUCUUGUGCCUGGAGAUCUCUUGCACAGUUGUUUUGCUGGAUUCUAAGGAGUCGCAAGCCGAGUUGGGCUGGACAUCGCAUCCGUCGAAUGGGUGGGAAGAAAUUAGUGGAGUGGAUGAAAACUACAAGCCAAUUCGUACCUACCAGGUGUGCAACGUCAUGGAGUCGAAUCAAAACAACUGGCUGCAGACAGGCUGGAUUGCCAGGCGCAGUGGCCAAAGAAUCUUCAUUGAGCUGAAAUUCACCCUGAGGGACUGUAACAGCAUCCCUGGGGUGGUGGGCACAUGCAAGGAGACCUUCAACCUCUAUUACAUUGAGUCGGAUUCUGAUCUGGGCCGCAGCAUCCAUGAGAACAAGCAUACAAAAAUCGACACCAUUGCUGCCGAUGAGAGCUUCACGCAGGGGGACUUGGGCGAGCGCAAAAUGAAGCUGAACACGGAGCUGAGGGAGAUUGGGCACCUGAGCAAGAGAGGCUUCCACCUGGGCUUUCAGGAUGUGGGUGCUUGUGUGGCUUUGGUUUCCGUGCGGGUUUAUUACAAAAAGUGCCUCUCCACGGUGCAGAACUUGGCGGUGUUUCCGGACACUGUGGCAGAAGCAGCAUUUGCAACCCUGGUGGAAGUUAAGGGCACCUGUGUCAAUCAUUCCGAAGUAGACCUGGAUAAUCCUCCCAGGAUGCAUUGCAGUGCGGAGGGGGAGUGGCUGGUCCCCAUUGGGAAAUGUACAUGUAGUGCUGGCUUUCAAGAGAAAGAUGGUGUCUGUGAAGCUUGCCCUCCUGGAUUUUAUAAGCUGUCCCCCCGCCUCCUGCUCUGCUCUCCUUGUCCCGAGCACAGCUUCACGCAGCAAGAAGCCUCCACCUUCUGCCCGUGCCAGAGGAACUAUUCCCGGGCCCCGUCAGACCCACCGUCUGCUGCCUGCACCCGUCCACCGUCUGCACCAAGGAAUCUCAUCUACAGCCUGAGGCAGUCCACGCUGGUGCUGGAAUGGAGCGCGCCAGCCGACUCGGGUGGCCGGAACGACAUCACCUACAACCUCCUUUGUGACCGCUGCUCGGUGGCUCUCCGGCGGCAGUGCGAGCAGGGAGGCAGCAGCGUUGGCUUUGUGCCCCAGCAGACGGGACUGGUGGACAGGACCGUUACCCUGGUCAACCUGCUGCCACAUGUUAACUACACGAUCCGGGUGGCCGCUGUGAAUGGGGUCUCUGAUUUCAGUGCCUUGUCAAAGCCGCAGUACGCGGAAGUGAACAUCUCCACCAGCCUCACAGCGCCAGCUCGUGUCACAGACAUCCGCACCGAUAAAAUUGAACAGAAGAGCAUUUCCUUGUCAUGGCAGGAGCCGGGCUUCCCAAGUGCCAGAAACACUGAGUACGAAAUCAAGUACUACGAAAAGGAUCAAAGAGAUCAAAGUUACUCGACCGUGAAAACCACCUCGACAGCCGUGACAGUCAGUAACCUCAGGCCUGGCACGCUCUACGUCUUCCAAGUCCGGACGGCAUCAGCCCAGGGUUAUGGAAACUACAGUCCUGGCAUCGAAGUGGAAACCUUGGGGGAACUGACGGUGGUGUCGAGGGAGCAGAACCCUGUCGUCAUCAUCGUGGUGGUCGCCAUCGCUGGGCUGAUCGUGCUGGUUUCCAUGGUGAUCGGCGUGAUGAUCUGGAGGAGACAGUGUGGGUACAGCAAAGCCAGCCAGGACGGAGACGAGGAGCUGUACUUCCAUUUUAAGAUCCCAACCCGGAGGACGUACAUUGACCCCGACACCUGCGAGGAUCCUAUGCAGGCCGUACACCUCUUUGCCAAAGAGCUCGACAACUCCAGUAUCAAAAUCGAGCGGAUCAUUGGAACAGGAGAGUUUGGAGAAAUCUGCCGGGGCUGCUUGAAACUUCCCAGCAAGAGAGAGCUCCCAGUUGCCAUCCAGACCCUCCGAGCUGGCUGCUCCGACAAGCAGAAGCGCGUCUUCCUGGCAGAGGCCAGCACCAUGGGCCAGUUUGACCACUCCAACGUCAUCCGCCUGGAGGGCGUCAUCACCAGAGGAAAUACCAUGAUGACUGUGAUGGAAUAUAUGGGGAAUGGGGUGCUGGAUUCAUUUCUCAGGAAACAUGAGGGCCAGUUCACGGCCACUCAGCUGACUGGUAUGUUACAUGGGAUCGCCUCCGGCAUGAAGUACCUGACCGAGAUGGGUUAUAUCCAUAAAAGCCUUGCUGCCCACAGAGUCCUUGUGAAUAGCAACCUGGUGUGCAAAAUAUCAGGCUUCCGACAGUCCCAAGACGAUAAAAUGGAGACCAUCUUCACCACCAUGAGCGGAAAGAGCCCGUUGCUGUGGUCAGCCCCCGAAGCCAUCCAGUACCAUCGCUUCAGUUCUGCCAGCGACGUGUGGAGCUUCGGCAUCGUCAUGUGGGAAGUGAUGUCUUACGGGGAGAGGCCCUACUGGGAUAUGUCCAGCCAGGAUGUGAUAAAGGCCAUUGAGGAUGGGUUCCGGCUGCCUCCCCCGAUGAAUUGCCAGCCCCCCCUGCACCAGCUCAUGCUGGAUUGCUGGCAGAAGGAUCGCAACGAGAGGCCCAAGUUCUCCCACAUCCACAACAUCCUCAGCAAGAUGCUUCAAAACCCGGAGCCACUGAAAUGUGCCUCUUCCACUUGCACCAGGCCUCGCAACACAUCCAUCCCUCUGGCGGAACGCACCUUCUCGGCCUUCCCAUCGUUCAGCUCCGUGGGCGAGUGGCUGGAAGCCAUAGAGAUGGGCCGGUACAAGGAUAACUUCGCCGCGGCGGGGUACUGCUACCUGGAAUCCGUGGCAAGGAUGACCGUCCAAGAUGUCCUGAGCCUGGGAAUCACCUCGGUGGACCAUCAGAAAACCAUCCUGAGCGGGAUCCAGACCCUGCGUGCCCAGGUGAUCCAGAUGCACGGCCGAGGCGUGCAGGUGUGACUCCCGCAGCAGCAGGCACGUUCACAGCACGGCCUGAAACCUUCCUGGGGACGGAGGGGCAGCAGGGCCAGGAGCUGGCCCCUCAACCGGACCAAAUCUUUGAGCCUUUCCCAUGAGCAGCCGUGGGAGCGGGACGUAGGUAGGACAGGGCUGCUGCAAGCCGGUCACUCCAGAGGAGCGAGGGAGUCCAGGAGUUGGCGUUUCCUGUCCUGGGGUUCUCCAAACCGCAGCGUUAGUGCCGUGUGCUUGGCGGCUUGUGUUAUUCCCCAGCCAUGUGUUGUCGGAUAAGAGUCCAACGACAGUGAUGCUGUUUCAUAGGGUACCUAGGUUAACAGGGUGGACUGAACACUUGUGUGCUGGUUUUAAACUGGAUUUGACAGUGUUUUAGUAUCUAGCAUUCCGGUCAAUCCAUAGGUAUUUUUGAUACAAGCAGAUGUGUUUUACUGACCCCUUCUGUUUUCUAGAGUCCACAGCACAGUGCGCGCUAAUGGCCCAGCUUUGGAAGGUGGCUUGGCCUGUCCAUUCCAGAGGAGACUUUGAACUCCCCCUUUUUCCCCACGUGGGCCAUUCCGUUCCAAGCGUUACCUCGUUAAGUCGCAAAACGUGUGUGAAAAAGUAACGAAUUCAAACCAAAGUGGCAGGGAAAAGUCCCCAGAUCCCAGAAACGGGACAGAGAAAACUAGAGCCAGUCUGGAGAAAUGUGGGGUAGCUGUCCUUGGACUGGACUGUCCAUCCCCACUCCUGGGACAUGCCCCCAACCACCGAAAGAACAACUCUGGUUCCAGGUGAGUAGCUUCCAUUUCUGCCCUGUGGACUGCUUUUCCCAGCGGACUCCCGGAAACCAUGUUCUGAAGCAGGAAUAGAAAUGGCUUGUCCACGUCACCCUGUUAAAUGGUAGCAUCACAUCACGAAUCGGUAUCACCAGGUCAGAGCAAGAAGGUGCUUCCCAAAGCUUGUCACUGGGUGUAAGACACACGGAGCUGUAGCACCAGGAAGCGUAGGGCCAUGCGCGCUGGUUUAUGAUGAAAAUACUUUGCACUGCCUGGGAGCUGGUUUGAUUCACUAGCCAGGUGGUCAGUUUGCGAUAAUUUCAAUGGAAGUGUUGCCAGAUUAGCAACAGGAAGGAAAUUCUGGGCAAGUGGUAGAAUCGGGUAUCAGACCUGAAUCGGUUGUCAUCAGGCCCUGUGUCCCAGAUGGCACAUGCUUCACUGUACAAGUUGGUUAAUUAAAUGGGGUUUUGCAGCUUGGGUUGGGUUGAAUGUAGAGUUUUGUAGGCCUUUGAUGAUCAUCUGUAAGUAUCACAAGUGAAUUAUUGAUGAUGAAAGACAAAGAUUUACAAAGGGAAUUAAUGCAAUGGAAAUAUUCAAUGCAC